UUGUCAAACUCGAAGCAUUUAGAUGUCUUUUCUUUAACUUUUCAUCAUCAUCUUCUUCUUCUAUACUUUCUUUCCUCAUCCUGCAAGCCAUUACUCACCAUGUACAAAGCCAAAAUCUUGCAAAAAAUCAAAUCGGUGGCAGAAGCCCAUAAGAAUAAAGUCAAAGAUGAGUCCUUCCUAAGCAUCGAGUGCAAGGAUUGCAAAACACGCGGACAUUUCAACAAGGCAUACCAUGAAUGCAAGUUUUGCAAAGCAGUUUCUGCGCGUGAUGUUGGAAGUAGCGGCAAGAAACGUAAGCAAUCAGCUAAAACCAAGGAAGGAAAGAAGCAAACAACUGGAGAUAUUAAGUGCAUCAGUUGUGACUUAAAGGGUCAUUCUACUUCUCGUUCCCUCGAAUGGAAAAGUUGCCAAGUGUUAUAC